AUGGAAAACCACCACCACCACAACCAUAACAAUGGCCAGAAUGACCGAAGAGAAGGCCACCAAAUAGUUGUGCUUAUGGUGCCACAACCAGCUCAAGGCCACCUCAAUCAGCUUCUCCGUCUUUCCCGUCUCAUCUCAUCCUAUGGUAUUCCCGUCCACUACGUCGGAACCACCUCCCACAGCCCCCAAGCCAAGCUGCGCAUCCACGGAUGGGAUCCACUCGCCGCCACAAACAUCCAUUUCCAUGAAUUUCCAACCCCUUCCUUUCUCUCUCCCCCUCCUAACCCUAAUGUCUCCUUCCCAUCACAUAUUAUGCCAUUAUUUUAUGCAUUAUUGAGGCUUCGCGAGCCUGUUGGUGCACUCCUACGCUCACUAUCAACUGCAAGUAAAAGAGUCGUCGUCAUUCAUGACUCUCUAAUGGCUUCGGUCGUGCAAGACGUCCCUUCAACACCGAACGCCGAGUCUUACAGUUCUGAAAGCGUAUCAGCUUUUUUCAUCUCCUUGUUCCAUGGGAAACAGGAAAACCUAUCCCAAUUGAACCGGAAAUAUUAA